UUCACUCCUUCUCUCAAUCACUGUCUACCACUUUCGUUCCUUUCGCUUUCUUUUCUUAUAGAAACACAAACACUUUCCUUAAACCACCAUGCCUUCCUUCUCUUCUCUUGUGGCCUACAGCCUGGCUGCUGGGGCUACUCUUGUGUCUGCUUCCCCCAUAGAGGCUCGCGGCAGUUGCACUUUCACCACCGCUGCUGCUGCGAAGGCGGGUAAGGCCAGCUGCUCGACCAUUGUCCUCGACAACAUUGCUGUUCCUGCCGGAACCACGCUGGACUUGACCGGCCUCAAGAGCGGCACUCAUGUCACCUUUGAAGGCACCACCACUUUUGGCUAUGAGGAAUGGGCGGGUCCCUUGAUCUCAAUGAGUGGCACGGACAUCACCGUUACCGGAGCCUCCGGUCAUCUCAUCAACUGCGAUGGCUCCCGCUGGUGGGAUGGUAAGGGAACGAGCGGAAAGACCAAGCCCAAGUUCUUCUACGCCCACGGGCUGGACUCCUCCUCCAUCACUGGACUCGAGAUCAAGAAUACCCCUCUCAUGGCCUUCAGUAUCGAGGCAAACGAUAUCACCCUCACCGAUAUUACCAUCAACAACGCUGAUGGCGACAGCCUUGGUGGCCACAACACCGACGCAUUCGACGUGGGCAACUCGGUUGGCGUGAACAUCAUCAAGCCCUGGGUCCACAACCAGGACGACUGUCUCGCAAUCAACUCCGGCGAAAAUAUCUACUUCACCGGCGGAACUUGCAUCGGCGGCCACGGCCUCUCUAUCGGCUCCGUGGGUGGCCGUUCCGACAACACCGUCAAGAACGUCACGAUCGAGCACUCCACCGUGUCCAACUCUGAGAAUGCCGUCCGCAUCAAGACCAUCUCCGGCGCCACGGGCUCCGUUUCCGACGUCAAAUACACGAACAUUGUCAUGUCCGGUAUCACCGACUACGGAGUGGUCAUCCAGCAGGACUACGAGGAUGGCAAGCCCACCGGCAAGCCUACCAACGGUGUGUCGGUCACGGAUAUCACACUGGAUGGCGUGACCGGUAGUGUUGCCAGCGGUGCCACGGAGGUCUACCUCCUGUGUGGCAGCGGUAGCUGCAAGGAUUGGACCUGGACUGAUGUCAAGGUUACUGGCGGCAAGAAGUCCAGUGCUUGCAAGAACUAUCCCUCUGUUGCGUCUUGUUAAGUUAGGGAGCUUCGUCGGCCUAGUCUGGGGGCUACUUGCUUAGUACAACCCUUUUUCAGUGACUCACUGAGUCUCAGCUGUAUCUCAAGCCAUGUCAGUCAUCUACUGUACAUACCCCUUUUUG